GCGCGAGCGCGCGAGCUUGGAGCCGCGCGCGGGUGCGGGAUUUCAGUCGCGUGCAACGCGCGCUCCCGGUCGCCACGGUUCAUAGGUGUUCAUCGAUAGGUGUUUCCCGAUUCCAAAACGAUCUCCCGACGGAGAAUCGAAUAACCGCGCGAGCGUGAAGACGUGUGCGCGUGCAACCGAGAGUCGACUUUCCGUGUAAUUUAGAAAAGGUCCUUUUCCGCAUCGAACGUGCGGAAUGUUUUUUCCCAACAAGUUCGCGCCGCGCGGAGGAAUACUCGAGUUUCUCGGCUCGGUGUGAUCAGCGAAGAAAGAAAGAAAGAAGAAAGAAAAAAAAAGAGAAGAAAAAUUACUCGUUUGAUAAAGCGAGCUGUGUAAUUUCUGUCACGCGGUAUGAUAAAUUCGUGAUAACGCUAUGAGACCGUUACGUUAUUCGCGAUACAUUUGCAUAUACGGAGUCUGACGGAGUCGAUGAGAUAGAGCACGACCUUCGCGAUGCAAUUUCACGGAAUGAUUUAUAUCCCGUCGAUGCGUCUCCGCCGGGGAAAAUCGUAAUUAAAGCUUCGCGAAGGCAAAAAGUAUUGCUAAACGGAGGGGGGAAGAAAAGAGGAGGGAAGAAAAAAAGAAGAAGUGCGAAACGGAGAGUGGAAAUUAAGGACAAUAAUAUUUGAUAUCGAACGGCAGAAAUACAAACGGGUCUUCUCAGCUUUGAAAAAUUCAAGACUGCGCGAUAAGAAUAACGCGAUGAAGUACACUUUUAGAGUCUCUAACGAUUAAUAGAGUGAAAACUUACAUGGAAGGUGCCGUCGACUUUUCUUCCAAAAGAAAAUAAAUUAUGAGAAUCGCGAUUUUUGAACGACCAAGUGAAAGCGAUCUAUCUCUGUCGAGUGAAUUUUAGAUAUUAGUGAAAUAUUUUAGUAUUAAAUAUUUAUUCUCGCUAUUGCGUCGCUAAAAAUUCAGAGCUUUAAAGCUACGUUAAGUGGAAACGCUAAGUGGAAUACAUAGAUUAUUAUCGCGCUCCUUGAAAUUUAUCGAUAACUAUGAGGGACAAAUUUACAUUUAGUUCGGGAGUGUCGGACAUGCACGAGACCCUGUCUAGCUUUCCGGAACAGUUUGGAGAUGGCCCGAGGAAACCGGAAAUAAAGCCGGAAAUUCUGAAGGAGACGGAUAGGACUGCGAACAAUCUGAAGUGCGGUUGGUUCUGGUUCAGGCCAAUUUACUUGCAGAGAUUUCGCACCGCAAAAUGGGCGCUUUUCUGGCUGUGCUGGGCCGGGGCUAUGCAAGGAAUGGUCGUGAAUGGUUUUGUAAACGUCGUCAUAACAACGAUAGAGAGGAGAUUCGGACUGAAAUCAUCGGAGACGGGAUUGAUAGCGGGUGGAUACGAUAUCGCCAGCUUUCUCCUCCUCGUACCAGUAAGCUAUCUCGGCGGCCGGGCUAAAGCGUCGAAACCAAGGUAUAUCGGUGUAGGAGUUUUAGUCUUAGGUAUAGGAAGUCUGCUAUUUGCAUCUCCGCAUUAUCUCGCUGGGCCAUACAGAGGGGAUCAGCAGAAAGAAAAUAUAUGCCAAGGUGUAGCUAAUGUGACGAGCCACUCGAUAUCCUGCACGGAUCAAUCUGCCGUUCAAGCGGAGCCAGAGCCUUACAGUGGCGUGUACUUAACCAUAUUUCUGGUAGCUCAGCUGUUACAUGGCGCCGGUGCGGCACCUUUUUAUACGCUUGGGGUUACGUAUUUAGACGAAAAUGUCUCGAAAAAGAUGUCCUCCGUGUAUCUAGGUAUUUACUACACUAUGGCCAUAAUAGGACCUGCAUUAGGCUACGUCGUCGGCGGAGAAUUAUUAAAGAUUUACACAGAUUUUCUUACGGUGGACUCUUCGGCGAUUGGGCUAACUCCAGACAGUAACGUCUGGAUUGGUGCAUGGUGGAUCGGGUUUUUGGCAGCGGCUGUCAUCUGCUUCGUUAUCGCGAUACCUGUUUUGGCAUUCCCAGCAAUUUUACCUGGAUCGGAGGAAUUAGCCAAGGAUAGAGUGUCGGAGGCGCAUGAGAAAUCUACUCGAUCCUCCACCGCGGGAACGGGAGAAGCGUUUUCCAAAAUACGUGAGCUGCCACGUGCUUUAACCGAGUUGCUCGGAAACCCAGCAUUUUUUAUGCUAAACUUGGCCGGUGCCAGUGAAGGAUUACUGAUCGCCGGAUUUGCCGCUUUCCUGCCGAAACUGAUUGAAAAUCAAUUCAGCGUCAGUGCCAGCUCGGCCGCGUUACUGAUGGGACUGGUAACCGUGCCAGCGGGAGGCGGCGGUACUUUUCUCGGCGGCUAUCUUAUAAAACGUUUCAACCUACCCUGCUCUGGCAUCUUGAAAUUUUGUCUAUUAGCCACGGCUGCCUGCAUUGCCUUCACGCUAUGUUUCUCGCUCAACUGUCCAAACUUAGAUUUCGCCGGGUUGACUGUGCCCUAUCAAAAUAUUACGAGAAAAGUUGCAUUAUCUUUGGAAAAUACCUGCAACAGCGGCUGCGGGUGCUCCAAAUCGCAAUUCGACCCCAUAUGCGGCGUUGACGGAGUCACGUAUUAUUCACCCUGCCACGCUGGAUGUAACCGGGAAACUCCGAUAAAUAACGUCAAAAUAUACACCGGUUGCAGCUGUAUACACACACCGGCAAUGAAUCUAACAACCGAUAAUACCGGCGACGUUGUUCAGUACGAAGCUAUCAAUACUACAUGCAGCAGCAAAUGCUCGUACUUGUGGCUGUUUAUCGUUCUGGCGUUUUGCAAUAUGUUCAUGACCUUUCUCUGCACAAUGCCGGCACUCUCUUCCACAUUACGAGUCGUGCGCGACGAUCAGCGAUCGUUCGCGCUGGGCAUUCAGUGGAUCAAAGUGCGGAUUUUAGGAACAAUUCCGGCGCCCAUGGUAUUCGGCGCUCUCAUAGACGACACCUGCAUUUUGUGGAACCAAACGUGCGAGGGCAGAGGAGCGUGUCUCGUAUACGAUAAUUAUUACAUGAGCAGAUACAUGCUCGCUCUGGCAUUUAUCGGGAAAGCGGCUUCGCUCCUAUUCUUUUUUCUCGCAUGGUGGACGUACGUUCCGCCUGGAAGCAGAGGAAGCAUCGACCAAAAUUCUCGGCAACAAAACACGGCCACUUUAAUGCUGAACAACACAUCCCAAGAAAUUCAAAUAGUACCAUCCACAAUAACGUAAACUCGGCUUUACCUCGCACCUUAGAAAGUUACUCUUUGAGAGCCACUGCUUUAUAGGAAUACGGUAGAAGUAAUCACAGUUUGCUACACGGAUAAACGUUCCGACAAAUAAGUGUUCCAACAUUCUCUUUUAUGGGACAAAUCUUAAAAACACAAAGUGAUCAAGUGUAUGAGCGUUAAUAUAUAUCGUGCAGCCGCAAGAGAAGUGACGCAAGUCACAAAUAAUUCAACUCUUCCUGAUUGAAGGUCGAUGUAUUCAGAACACAAUUCGCACACAAAACGAAAUUCGAAAAAUUUCGACUUCUGUCAUCUUUCUUGCGGGUGUGCGACGUGCACGUAAGUAAAUAUCAAGAUAGUAUAAAUGCAUAAAUGUUAAUACAGUGCGAAAAGUGUUGCGAAAAACUCUUCCUCACAUGCUGAAAAAGAUGACGAAUUUUUGAUAGACCUAUAACUAAGGUUCGAGAGUCGAUCGAAAGGAAAAUGAACUCUGACGAACGUACCAAAGAGCCUAUGUAAAAUUUUUAUAUCCUCUUCUCCGAUAAUAAGUGAAACUGCCGUAAUAUCAUAAGUACGAAGCAAGUAUCCGGUUUGUGCAGCUCAAAUUUUGGAAUUCUAUUUAUAACAACUUUUGUUACCCUAAACGUAACGUCUACCGAUAUUGUCAAUUAAGGAUUAGUCACAUUUUCUAACGAUGAAAAAAAAUAUUAGUAGUAAUUUAUAUCCUAAAAAAACGCAACAUGCAUGAAUUUUUCGAAGAUAAAUUUCGAAAAUCUUCGAAAUUUUUAUCGAUAUAUCAACGCCUUGAUAAUUGUCGUAUAUUGUAUCGUCGAUUUGAUAUCAAACUUUUUGCGUCGUUUUUCACUAUAAUUAUUUUUGUUAAAUAGAAAAUGCCAAUAUGUCUAGAGCACAUAUUAUACAUGUCACCAAUAAAAAAAUUAGUGAAAUAUGUUACACAAGCUAAA